ACGUAAAAUAAUAUCGAUAUCCUGGAUGUAUGGUAGACUAUCUUAAUCGCCUUGCUAAUAGGUUUUCGAUCCGUCUUCACUUACUUGCCCGACGGCUUCUAUGGCGAGCACCGAUCUGGAGAAGAAAGCAAAGGAAGCUUUUGUUGAUGACAACUUUGAGCUAGCGGUUGAUCUCUACACGCAAGCCCUGGACUUGGAUCCCAAGAGCGCCGAUCUAUAUGCUGACCGUGCCCAGGCCAACAUUAAACUUGGUAGCUUCACAGAAGCUGUUGCUGAUGCAAACAAAGCCAUUGAAUUGGAUUCUUCAAUCGUCAAAGCUUACCUACGCAAAGGAAAUGCUUGUAUGAAGCUUGAGGAAUAUCAAACUGCAAAGGCAGCUCUUACUGCAGGCCUUUCAUUGGCACCUGGGGAUUCUCGAUUCAACCGAUUAAUUAAAGAAUGUGAUGAACGCAUUGCAGAAACUAAAGAUAUUUCAAAGGCAGCUUUGCCUAAUUCCUCACAGAGCUCUACGUCUGCAUCAGAUGUAAAUGUUGAGACAACUAUUAAUGGCCAGUCCACGCAUGAUGUAGGCUAUCACUCUCAAGACCUCGAUAAAAGCAAACCAAAAUUUAGGCAAGAUUUCUAUAAUACCUCGAUGGAAUUAGUUGUGACUAUUUUUGCAAAGGGCAUCCCACCAAAAAAUGUGCAUAUUGAAUUUGGUGAACAAAUUUUGAGCGUUUCAAUAGAUAUUCCUGGUGCAGACUCGUUUCAUUUUCAGCCUCGCCUAUUUGGGAAGAUUAUUCCUGAAAAAUGCAAAUAUUUUGUUUUGCCUACCAAAAUUGAGAUCCGUCUUGUAAAAGCUGAAGCUGCCUCAUGGCCAUCCUUAGAGUAUAAUAAGGAUAAAGCACUUCCUCUAAAGAUUAUCGUCCAAUCAGAAAUGACAAAUCAGAGACCUUCUUAUCCAUCUUCAAAAAGCAAAGUUGAAUGGGAUAAGAUUGAAGCCGAGGUUAAAAAGGAGGAGAAGGAAGAGAAAUUAGAUGGUGAUGCGGCUUUGAACAAACUUUUCCGUGAUAUAUAUCAGAAUGCUGAUGAAGACAUGAGACGAGCAAUGUGUAAAUCUUUUGUAGAAUCAAAUGGGACUGUAUUGUCUACGAACUGGAAAGACGUUGGUUCUAAGAAAGUGGAUGGAAGCCCGCCCGAUGGCAUGGAGAUGAAGAAAUGGUAAAGAGUACUGCAGCACUUUUACCUCUUUCUCAGGGUCUUUGAACCCUUUGUAUAAUCCCACCUUAAGGACGUGCACUGUGUGGUUUUUUUUGUCAGUUUUUUGAGAAUCUG